ACUAAUUUGAUUAGCGAUCGAUGUAAACAACAUGGCGACCAAACUUAAUAUGUCAAUAUGAAUUUAAAAUAGUUUCUAACUAAUCAAUAUGAAAACAUGUAAUGACUGAAUAGAUAGUGAUGUGAUUAAAAUAUAAAAGAAAACUCAGUUACGCAGCUAAUUAAAAAUUUGAAUGUAUCAUUAUGUCAUCUGAAAAGGUUCUCUAUCGUUUGGAUCAACCUCAUGGUACUGGAACAGUCUAUGCUUCUUGGCGACCUGGUAAUAGUACUCAUAUUGCAACUACAGGCUGCGAUUCAUCGGUUGCAAUAUUUGACAGACAAGGAGAUCUUCAGGAACGUAUACAAAUUCCUGGAUUAUGCACCGGCUUUGGUUGGGAUGCAGAUGGAGAUUUGCUUGCUGUUAUAUCACAAAACUCUUCUAUCAUAACUUUGUGGAAUGCGACUACUGGUAAAAGAUCUCAAAUGGAUGCAGGUGUCAGGGAUGGUUUAACAUGUAUGAUGUGGGCCAAAAAAAGCUGUUUAUUAGCUGUUGGAACUCAGAAAGGAAAUUUAGUACUUUAUGAUCACGUUAAUGCUAGACGUAUGCCAAUUUUGGGAAAACAUAAGAAACGUAUAUUAUGUGGUGCAUGGUCUAUCGAAGGUCUUCUUGCUUUAGCAAGCGAAGAUAAAAUGUUGACUAUUAAUACAAGUGAAGGGGACACUCGCAGAGAGAUAACUCUGCAAGGUGAACCAUCUAACAUACAAUUUAGUGAAAUGAAAAUGGAUCAUCGUAUAGGUGGAGAAAAUACGGUAUCUCUUAUCGUCAGCAAAACUACAUUGUUUCUGUAUAACAUUUUGGAUCCAGAUAAUCCUAUUGAGUUGGCUUUCCAAAAACGCUAUGGUCCAAUUGUUACCUAUAAAUGGUAUGGAGAUGGAUAUAUAUUAGUAGGUUUUGAAGCUGGAUAUUUCAUUGCCAUAUCGACUCAUAUAAAAGAAGUCGGUCAAGAAUUAUUUCAAAUUAAAAAUCACAAAGAUUCCUUAACAGAUAUUUCAUUGAGCGAAAGUAUAGAAAAAGUAGCAACGUGCGGAGAUAAUACUAUAAAAAUACAUAGUUUACAAAAUUUGGAAGAAACCGAAAAGAUGAUUUCUGUAACAGGAGAAACUAGUAUUAGCAAAGUUGAAUGGUCAACAGAUGGAACAAUGAUAGCUGUAGUAACUUCUAUUGGAAAUGUUUUAAUAUAUUUAGUUGAAAUUCCAAAAUUAACUAGCGUUUGUGGAAACAAAAUAGCAUUGUUAACAAGUUUGAUUGAAGUUACUGUUCACCUUUAUACAUUAGACAAGGAAAAACCAGAACCACAAAUAAUUAAUACUAUAAUUGAACCAUCUGUGUUAGCUGUAGGUCCAUUACACGUAGCUAUAGCUUUAAAUAAUAGAGCUCUCUUUUGGGAUUUAUCUACGUAUCAAUAUGAUAUUAAUACACACUUUGAACGUGAUUAUUUGGCAACUGUUGAUAGUAUAUCUUUGAACGAAACAUAUGUUUCUGUUUUAUUUGAUGGAAAAUUACAAUUACAAUUGAUUAAAGUAGACCAGGCUUUAAUAAACGAUGGAAAAGAUACCAAAUUAUUUCCAGAAUCAAAUAUUUUAAAUGCAAGAAUAACAUGCCAUGCAUUGUCGUCAGAAUUUCUUAUUUAUGGAACUGACAUGGGUCAUAUAAUAUAUUUCUAUUUGGCAGCAUUUAACAAGUCAACAGAAUUUACACAUAACAAUGGUAUCAAAAAUAUAUUCUUAGAUGCAAAUGGAACGCAGUUAUGUUUUAUCGAUAAUAAAUCAGAUGUAUACAUAUAUGAUCCGAUUAAUGAAAAUGUUAUUCAAGUGCCUGAAUGUCCAGAUGGUGUAGAAGGUAUUAUAUGGGACCAAAAUAUUUUCGAACGUUCGAUAUUUGCAGUAUAUAAUAAGAAUAUUAUUAUAACAUACAUUUUUAUCAAAUACUUUGUCGAAGGACAAAAAAUCAUCAAAAUAAAUUCAACAAAGUUGCCAUCAGAAACAUUACCCAUGUUAAUGUAUUCCGGCGAAGUAACGUUAAGCACGUCAAGUAGUAAAUUAAUACAAAUAACAUUAGCUUCGCACGAAGAUGUAGGAAAUAUAGUAGAUAGUAAAAAAAUCAAUGAAAUAUUCAACAAUCAUAUUAUGUGUAGGAGAUUUGACAGUGCUUGGAACAUCUGCGAUAAAUUAAAUGAUAAUGAUUUAUGGUUGAAACUGGGUCAAAGUGCUUUAGCAAAUUUAAAUAUUGAAUUUGCAAUUCGAGUUUAUCGACGUAUGGAAGAUGCUUCGAUGGUUUGGGCAUUAGAAAAAAUAGAGAAUAUAAACGAACUGAAUUUAUUAUGUGGACAUGCAUGUUUGUUACUUGGAGAUUAUAACCAAGCUGAGAAAUACUUUUUACAAUCAUCUGAACCUGUACAAGCUUUAUAUUUACGAAGAGAUUUGAUGCAAUGGGAACAAGCUCUUAGUUUAGCACAGAAAUUAAAAUCCGAUGAAAUACCAUUCAUUGCUAGAGAAUAUGCUCAACAAUUAGAAUUUAUUGGAAAUUAUCCAAAAGCAUUAACUAAUUAUGAACGAGGUCUACUUGAUCCAAACUCUACGUCUACUUCUAAUUUGCAUGAUAUUCAACAUCAAAAUCUAUGUCUGGCAGGUAUCGCAAGAAUGUCUAUAAGAUGUGGAGACAGUAGAAAAGGUGUGAGUAUAGCUAUGGAUAACGAUAGCUCUAGAUCUCUGCGGAAAGAAUGUGCUGAAAUUUUGGAGGCUAUGAAGCAAAUCAAUGAAGCCGCAUUAUUGUAUGAGAAAGCAGAAUAUUUUGAUAAAGCUGCAUCGGCAUAUAUCAAAUUAAAAAAUUGGCAUAAAGUAGGACAACUUUUGCCACAAAUAUCUUCACCUAAAAUAAAUAUACAAUACGCUAAAGCUAAAGAAGCUGAAGGAAAAUACGAAGAGGCUGCAAAAGCAUAUGAAACUGCUAAAGAUUACGAUAAUAUAAUAAGAAUCAAUCUUGAAUAUUUAAACAAUCCUGCUCGUAGCGUAGAGAUAGUACAACAAACUAAAAGCAUCGAAGGAGCUAAAAGAGUAGCUAAAUAUUUCCAAAAAAUAAACGAUUAUAAUUCAGCUAUAAAAUUCUUAAUUUUAUCUAAUUGUCAUGACGAAGCAUUUCAACUUGCCAAUCAGCAUGGUAAAAUGGAAUUAUAUGGAGAAAUUUUAAUAAACACUAUUGAUGACGACAAUACCAGAAAGGAAGACUUUAAAAAUCUAGCUAUACAUUUUGAAUCUCAAAAAAAUAGUCUUUUAGCUGGAAAAUAUUACUUUCAUGCUAAAGAUUAUACAAAGGCUUUGAAACAUUUACUUAAAGCUGCACAAUUGACUGUCGAUGAUGAUGCCGCAUUAUCAUUGGCAAUAGAUACAGUAGCAUCAUCUAAGGAUGAAAAAUUAGCUAAUCAUUUGAUUGAUUUUCUACUAGGUGCAGACGGAGUACCGAAGGAUCCAAAAUAUUUAUUUAGAUUGUAUAUGGCAAGGAAGCAAUAUAAAGAAGCAGCUAAGACAGCGAUUAUCAUUGCAAACGAAGAACAAAUUAAUGGAAAUUACAGAAAUGCGCAUGAUGUCUUGUUCGGCAUGUAUCAAGAAUUAAAAAGAAAUAAAAUAAAUACACCUUUGGAAAUGCAAAAUAAUUUGAGACUAUUACAUUCUUACAUAUUAGUAAGACUUCACGUUAAAAGGAAUGACCAUUUACGAGGUGCCAGAAUGUUGAUCAGAGUUGCAAACAACAUUUCUAAAUUUCCAUCACAUAUCGUUCCAAUUUUAACAUCAACAGUCAUAGAAUGUCAUAGAGCUGGUUUGAAACAAGCAGCUUUCAAUUUCGCAGCUAUGCUGAUGCGUCCUGAAUAUAGAACACAAAUUGAUAUUAAAUAUAGCAAGAAAAUCGAAGCUAUUGUAAGAAAACCACCAAGAGCUAAAGAUAAUGAGCUCGAAGAUGAACCUUUAACACCAUGUCCAUAUUGUAAAAGUAAAGUUCCUGAAACUGAAAUAACCUGUGAUAAGUGUAAAAAUACAAUUCCAUUCUGUAUAGCCACGGGAAGACAUAUUAUAGAAGAUAAUUUUACGGUCUGUCCACAAUGCGAUUUUCCUGCUAUAAGAAGUGAAUUCUUAAGAAUCAUUGAAUUCGAUGAGACAUGUCCAAUGUGUUCUGAACACGUAGAUCCCAAUACUAUAUUAUCAACAAUUGAUAUCCGUCCAUAUCUCGAUCUCCAAGAAAACACAAUGGAAAAACAAUAACUCAUAGAUUAAAACAAAAUUUAUGUGUGAUAAUUUUAUUUAUAACUGCACUAAAAACUAACUAAUUUAUUCUGAGUGCCUUAGUGAACAAAGUUAGUACUUCACACAUACGAUCAAAAUAAUUCUAUACAUAUAUUCAGUUACGUAAGAUGCUUAAAUGAUUAAAAGAUAAGUAAGCUUGAUAUUUUGAUAAACAAAACCGUCCAAUAUAUAAAGUACAAUUCAAUCAUAUUAAUUAAGCGUGUUUGUUGACGUGUACAGAUAAAUCAAAUAAAUAAUCUUAUUAAGCUUGCCCACUACUUUAAAUUAUUUUAAUUGA